GUUUUGGUUUUACUUCUGAUUGGUUGAAAAAGUGGCGCGAGUUUUUUAAGCCAAUCGUGUAGCGUAGUAAAUGCAAAACCAGUUAAUUUUCGACCCUCAAAUGAAAACUCCUCUAUGCAUCUGCAAUACGAACAAAAUGAGCUCCCUGUUUACCCCUGACCUAGCUUGUUUCACGUAGAAAUCAGAAUCUUGUGACACUCUAAACGAUACUUGUAUGCUAGACUUAAGGUGUAUUGCUAGUCGGUCAUAGUCUAGCAUGUAGAGACAAACAGUAAUCAUCGUAUCACUUAUAUUGCUCGGGGAUGUAACUGCUUGGUUCGGGGUUGCAGUGAUGUAGAAGCUUGCAGUAGUGUAAUCCUAUCCCAGACAUUUAAUAAACGGUGUAGGAUAGCGGGUAACGAAGGCAAGGUCAGUUGACGUCCAGAAGACAGGGUUCGAACCAUCGGUCGAUCGGAAGUCGCACAUGUCUCACUGAGAGGAAACAAUCAUUUAGUGUACGUGUAACUCAAAUGUACGUAAUAAUUCGACUUGAGCAUUCAAUUGGACAAACGUUAGUGACUAGACACUGCGCUUUGCCUUGACAGUAGUCCUCUGAUAUUUGCUUUCUGUUGUCGUUCAGCAAACUAGUACGCUUCGCCUUCGCAAGAAUAAAGAUGACUUAAUAGUGGUAUUAGAUUAGCUUGUUUUAUUCAUUAAAAUAUACAAAAUGAUUUACAGAUGUAAAAAACCAGCACUUUCUUUAUCGCGCAUCCCUAUUUCUAUCCGCCAUACAUGUCUCAGUGCUACUAGUUGGGAACUUUUUUUCCAAGAUCUCUUUUACCCGCCCUCCCCCUCCUUGUCAUUUUGUGUCCGACCUGUCCCAUCUCAUAGUACAUUGUGUCCCUUCCUCCUAAAACAUUAUUACGCUGUAAAGAUUUUGCAUCCUGCCCAAAAACCCAAGGGGGAAAAGCGCUCUGGUCCGCUGUGGGUAUGCAACGACGCGAUUAUUAGGGGAAACUACAAAAAGUGAAUAAUAGGAAUUAAACGUUUGCAUAUCGUCCUCCCGUGUUGCUAUGCUGUUAAACACUUCUACAGUCUUUCGACUGUGAAUCAGAAUCAAAUAACAGAGCAGCUGUAUCUAUACUAAAGCUGGCUCUAGAAAGUUCGAUAUUCUCAUUUAUUCGUGCAACGGCUAAAAACGGUCAAAAAAAGUCUCAAUGAUUCAAAGUGAAGUUACAGCAAGUGUACCUUUUGUUAGUAAGUUCAAGAAUCCUUUAUAGUGAAAGUGAUCACUAGAAAUCAAGAAAUUCCGUUUCGGCUGGGAAAUAAGGAAACAUAAAAGACAGGUGAAUACUUUUGGCGAGACUAAAACACAUCAGUUAUUUGCCAAAGAUUGGCAAUACUUUACACGAUGAUUUACUCAGGAUUUGUGAAAGAGACAAAUCUGUCUACCAAAUGUGACAUACAUCUCUCAAUUGUUUUGUCGGCCUUCAAGAUGCGGAACAGCCCCAUAGGGCAGCUAUUCUGAAGACUUCACCUCUAGUGUUAGCAUCCAAAAGCUCAACAUGGAACGUUUUGUAGCCCUAGUUUUCAGUAGUAGCAUCGUUUUAAGCCUCUGUUCUGUUCCUUCGGCAAGCGGUCAGCCAGACAUCGUAAAGAGAAUGGAGACAUGCCAAGAGGGGAAUAACACCGUAAGUGAGUAGUCAUAAACACGGAGCUGGUUGGACUGGUUAUCAGCGAGUUAUCUUAGGCAUAAAGCAACUAGAAUUAUUACUAGCUCUCCUAGAUGGGAUGUUAGUCUAACGCCCAAGGUAUCUUAGGGCAUUGGACAUUUUGUCAGAUUUCCUAAAUUCAUAAUUCGAGGCGGAAAAUGCAACCGUGAGAGUAAGUUGUCUUGGCCAAGAACACAAUUAACUGACCAGUAGUUGAGGUACCAGUUGGCCGUUUGAUCCGGCCUUGAUAGGGCCACUACCCAAUCUAGAUACCAUACAACAGCAUUAGUCAUAACUGUGGGUUCCGAGAGAAAGUAGAAGGCUAUUGUUCAUCAAUAAUUUCUUAUUCAUUCUUUGUUUAUGUUAGUACGUAACUUAUGAAGAUUGUGUGAAAAAAGCAUCCGACGAGACCCGAAGAUGCCGCGAGUCGAACAGUUCACACCUAAACUUUGACAAAAUUUGCGACGGGUUCGAACAGGAGUUGGAGAAGCUUUGCAAGGCUCACUGCGGAAAAGGUUGGCGUUCAUUAACCAUACCGUGACAGUUGUGCCAUAAGCUGUUUACAGUUCGCAUGUAUUUCUGUGUUUCGUUGAUAUCGAUCGCAUACUUCAAACGGCAUCUUAGUGUCAUGGCGAGGGCAACUGUAUUUGACGGGGGGAAGACAGGAUUUAAGAAGGGGACUGAUUUUUUUACGCCACCCCUUACUCAAACGAAAACCUCUGACGUUCGUUCCCAAGGUUUAUUUGGCCUCUCCUCAGAUAGCGCACGCCUUGCAUACCAACUUAAAAUGGAGACAUCUUUCAACUUGAGUAAUAUCAAUCCAAUAGCACGGAUUAAACUGGAUGAUACUACGAGUUUCAUUUAAAACAUCUCAUUCCUGUAAAAAUAAAUAACAGUUUUCAACACAACAAUAGCAAAUGGACAAAAGACAGCCGCAGGUACAUUUGAGAAAUAAUGCCUGAACGUGAUGUGGGACUCAUACUGAGGCCUCUCGCGCCUGAGACAAAAGUGAAAUCGAGAGCAAAAUUCACUCAUAUUGUGCCCUCGGGAACAUAUAGUUUUAAAUUACGUUUUUUUAUUUUUUUUCCAGAUUUUUUUCGAAAAGUCUUACCGCACUCUUAUCAAUGCUUUCUCCUUAGCAUCUUGUCUAGAGUGUUUCGAAGAAAUGGAAAAUAUCGUGCAGAGGUGUGAGGCAUUUGCAAAGAACAUUGACUGUGAACUCAAUAACACGGCUAAAGAAUGCGAAGAGGGGAAGACUUUUAUGAUCAAGUACUGCAGCAACAAGGAAUGUACAGGUAUUUCCAGUCCAAGUUCGAUUUUAAUAUGAGUUUACUUUGACGUUGUGCUGUAUGCAUAGAGAGCUGCUGAUGGCAAACGUUCAGUUCGAGUACUAAAACAUUGCAGACAGUUGUACUACAUUGUAAUUUUUGUAUGCAAUCAGGAGCACAGAUAUCGGGGCUAUACGCUUCUGAUAUAACAUAUUUGAACGUUCUAGUCUGCAAAGAUCUCUACUGCCGUAACGGAGGCCAGUGCGCAGGACCUAACGUCACCUGGUGCACAUGCCCACCAGGAUACACUGGAGCCUUCUGUCAGAAAAGUAAGUAGCGGCUUUAUUCUAUAAAGACGCACUUCCUGUGGUCGGCCACGACCGUAAAAAAACAAACAAACAAACCAAAACAAAAAGCAGUGACAGUGAUUAUUUCAAAAGGUAUCACAAGGACGUUCCAUUUUUCAACCCUAUUUGACGAAAAUAAGUCCCCGCAAGUCUUAAAUUUGUGCUUGAAGGUUGACUACCAUAACAAGCUAAAUAGCAACAUCUUUUCUGAGGAUAUUCUGGCCUACAUUACCUCUUCCUAGGUGCGAGGGACUGUGCAAAAAAGCCAUGUAUGAACGGUGGAACGUGCAUUGGUAAGAACCUUUGUAAAUGCCCGCCUCGUUAUACUGGCACCAGCUGUUCUAUUUUGAGAAAACCGCUGGGAACCAAAGAAAACCCGGCACCAAACGCACAGGCAAUUCUUGACGCCGGCGAUGGCAAGGGCAGCGGCAUGUACUGGAUCCAGCCUCCUGGUGAAACAGCCCCGGCUCAAACUUACUGCGACAUGACUUUUGCUGGCGGAGCAUGGAUGCUAGCUAGUUAUGGUUACGUUCACACAUCAGCACAAAAUACAGCUGACAAGUAUAACAAGGGCAUUCCUAAUAUGAAUAAUCCCUUUGGUUACGCUUGGCUUCCCAACCAACGUAGCACUUCAAACGGGCUGAUUAAUCUGCCACAUGGGGCUGUACAAAUGGCCAAUCAUGCUUCUUACAUGAUCAUGGCUGCGGGUAAUAACCCAGCCACGGGUGGUAUCAACCAAUAUGCAUACGUGUACCGUAUUUACCUGAAGAAUAACCCUUACAACAUAACCUUUGCAAAUCAUAACCGCUUUUACGGCGGACAGCCAGGCCAUAUGCAUAUCGUUGGUUUUGUUGUGGAAGCGCUGAAAGGAGAAAGUGGCAGGUACGGAAAAUAUGCCCUGGGGGAGGCCCUGGGGGUAACAUGGUCCGACUCCUACCCAACCGGUUACGGUUUUAACGACAACACCACGCCAUUUGGAGGCUUUACCAAGGGUCCCUUUUUCCCAAGUGUCCAUUCAGGUUCGGGAGGUAACUCUUGCUCUGGAUGUACCCGAACCAAUUACCAGCCUGAUGUGGUGGGAGGGAACCCUCAGUACACACAUCACGGAUGGUACACUGCUAACGGCGUGGAUAAAACAGGCCAAACCUCCAUUUGGUUUAAAUGAAAAGUUACUUCACUAACGAA